GGCGUCUGCUUCUGCUUCGAUAGUUUACGACGGCGACGCGGCUUCGGGAUUGUUUGGACAACAAACUGUGUAUUCGCUCUAAAUACAUUGGCGAUACUCCGACGAUUGGCAAAUAUUCUGAACGGAGAGACCAUCAGUUCUGUGGUUUCGUAAGGUACCAUGUCACUCUAUGACGACGUCGACGCCAUCAAACAGAAGAACGACCCGGUUGCAGGCUGGUCCUCUGGAAUUAAGCUUUUUCAAUCUCAAUUACAAUUAAAAAAGGCUGCUCAGACUCAGCCCAAAAGAGACCAAACUCGAAGAAUAGGAGGAUCGGUCUUACCUCCUGUAAUCGACCUGAAAACCAAAAAAGAUGAUGAUGAUAUAUUUGGAAGUGUUCACUCAAAGCCUGUUUCAUCAAACCGCGAUGACUGGCAAGUUGAGGGAGAGUAUGACCCUACGUGGCCAAAUGAUUAUGAAAAGGUGAUCAUAGAACUGAAAGAAAAACGUGAGCGUGAGAAAGUUAAGGAAGAUGAUGAUAGAAGGAAACGAAGGGGUGAAAUUCCAAGACCUCGUGAAGGACGGUUUGAAAUGUCUGAGUUACCUCGACCUAUGGAAGAGGAGGAAGAAGACAGUGAACGCACUGAGCGAGUGUCAAAUCUUGGUUCUACUCCAAGGAGUGGUGGCGCAGCCAUUGCUCCACCACCUUCCUUGCAGGAGUCCAGCCCUGCUCCAGAAUCACCCUCAGGACCCAAGCCUGCCCCAUCAUUUGGCGGUGGCUCAGUUGCAGCAAAAAUUAUGGCCAAAUUUGGUUACAAGGAAGGGCAGGGUCUUGGAAAAAAAGAGCAGGGCAUUGCAAUGGCUCUGCAGGUAGAGAAGACAAGUAAACGAGGAGGCAGAAUCAUCCAUGAAAAAGAAAUGAUGCCUCCUCCACAAUUUGCUGUACCUGCUGCUCCAGCCUCCAUGUCUCAAGCUGCAACCACUAGUACACACCAGACUCCUGAACCAUCAAUAACGGAAAUAAUGAGACAACCCUCGAAAGUUGUUCUACUCCGGAAUAUGGUGGGUCCUGGUGAGGUUGAUGAAGAUUUGGAACCAGAAGUUAAAGAUGAGUGUAAUACUAAAUAUGGUGAUGUUAUCAAAGUUGUCAUUUAUGAAAUUCCAAAUAACCCUGCUGAUGAAGCAGUUAGGAUAUUUGUUGAAUUCAAGCGUAUGGAGUCUGCCAUUAAAGCUGUGGUUGACUUAAAUGGAAGGUUCUUUGGAGGACGGCAGGUGAAAGCUGGAUUUUACAGUUGGGACCGGCUUCAGGCUCUUCAACUUUUAGACUGAUUACUUUGUAUUGUAUUUUAUUUUAUUAAAUUAGUUAUUAAAAAAAUGAGAAACAAAA